AUGCACGUUGAUCUCUUUGAUUACAGUUCAAGCGGACUGGCGAAUGACAGCUUUAAUUGGCUCACCAAUAGCUCUGGCGCAAACAUGACUGAUUUCAACGAAUCGUGUGCUCUCAAUAUCUCAAAUAGCGAACCCAUCGUCGACGAUUUUAGUAUCGGAUUUAAGGUCGUCGUCGGUCUGUUGUACACGCUCAUCGGAUUCUUCGGUAUUGUCGGUAAUAUUUCUAUUCUUGUUGUUCUGUGCAAAAAUGGACGAGAGAAACUGGACAAUACGACUAACCUUUGCUUGCUCAACGUCGCCGUUAUCGACUUGUUCUAUUUUUUUGUCUGCCAUCCUUUCAUCAUGUGGAAUCUUCUCGGGGAGGGCACGUGGAGGACGGACAACGUCACGUGUCAAAUCAACGGAUGCUUGAACUGUAUGGUCUAUCUCAUCGGUUGCUACAGCCUGUCUCUCAUCGCACUCGAAAGACAGUUGAAUAUCACCUACCCGGCAAGACCCCGGAUGUUGACACAUCGCAGAGUUAAAGUGUUUAUCGCGUGUAUUUGGUUGUUUUCGAUUUUUUGUGCUGUUGUUCCUUUAUUCGGCUUCAACAAAUACGUCGUCUACCGCAAUCCUCUUGUCUGCGGUCCAGGUCUCGAUUACUCCACAUGGCAGGUGAUGAUCAUGACAGGUGAGCAGGGUGUCACUCUGAAGUCGUCAUAG